CAAUUCUCACAGUUCCACAUCUGCCAGCGCCUACUGAGGCUCGUUUUUUUUCGAAUCGGCUUGAUUUUCUGACGAAACGUCAGUAUUUAGCCGUUGGCUGCAGUUCAAAUCACUGCCCAUUCGCAUUGAAUAUUCAAGCCAGUUUUUUUUUAAGAAAUUAGUAAAAUCAAGUGCUGUUCAGAAUAUAGUGAAAACAAUGGCUACUCAAUUUCGUAUCGUCAAAACUGAUGAGAAUGAUGCCGCCCGAGUGCAGGCAAAGAAAUUGCUUAAAGAACCCUCGUUGGGCAAACGAGCGGUGCUGGGAGAGCUUGGCAACAAAGUUCUGAAAAAUGUUGAGGUCGUAAAAGGCAAAGAAAGUGCAAUUUUCAAACCCGCUGACCCGAGCUUCAAACAUGUGAAAGCCCGUGUUGAUACACACUGGAAAAAAUCCGAGGGAACUGUUACUGUACACCCGGUGGGGAAACCGGUGACCCGUGCUGAUUCGAUAAGGGUAUUGCAAAACACCGGAAUAAGUGCAGCAGCUGCGGCGGCAGCGCUCAAACAGACAAAUGUUGCUAAAACAACGGCUAGCAUCAAGCCUAAGGUGGUCCAUGUGACCAAAGGAAACGAAGUUAAGAAGGUGAAGGUGGUGAAUCUGAAACGAGAAGAAAGUCGUCUGAACCGGCGCUCGCUGACCAAACUAAAACAAAUCAGGAAACAAUCUGAUGCCUCGUCCACUACUUCAUCGGAGAGAAGUUCCGAAGAGGAAGAUUUUUCAGUACAAGAGAAGCUGGAUUCUCCCGAGACUCAUUCACAUAAGCUGUUGGAGGGAAUCGAAAACAUUGAUAUCAAUGAUGCGUGGAAUCCUAUGCUAGUUUCGGAUUACGUGAAUGAUAUCUAUGAUUACUUGAAUAGCCUUGAGGAUGUGUUCGCUAUUCGAGAAAACUUUCUCGAUGGACAUAAACAGAUCAACCACAAAAUGCGCACCAUUCUCAUUGAUUGGAUAAACGAAGUGCAUUAUCAGUUCAAAUUAGAGAUCGAUACUUAUCAUAUGACUGUUUCAAUUAUUGAUAGAUAUCUUCAGUUAGUGGCUGACACACCAAAAAAGGAGUUGCAGUUGGUGGGCGUGACAGCAAUGUUCAUCGCAUCAAAAUACGAGGAAAUGUUCCCGCCAGAUAUCAGCGACUUCGCCUACAUUACUGACGAUACCUACAAAAAGAAGCAAAUCCUAGAAAUGGAAAAACAGAUCGUCAAAGUUUUGGAUUUCCAUCUCGGGAAACCACUGCCAACUCACUUCUUGCGGCGUUUCUCGAAAGCUGCAAAGGCUGCCGAUAAAAAUCAUCUAGUGGCCAAAUAUAUCAUUGAGCUGGCCAGCAUAGACUACAGUACGGCACAUUACAAACCGUCGGAGAUCGCUGCUGCCGCUCUCUACAUAUCGUUGCACCUAUUUCCACUGGCGAAUAACGAGACAAAGAUAUGGAACAAAACAAUCGAACACUACACCGGUUACACAGUUGAAAGCAUGACUCCAGUGGUCCAGCGGUUAGCGAAAGUGGUAAAGAACGCCCCCAACCUGAAGGUUCAAGCCGUCUACAUCAAGUACCAAUCGAGCAAGUUUGAGAAAAUUUCAAUCCAACCCGAGUUACAAUCCGCCGCGUUGGAAGCAUUCAUCGAAGGAAACCUUAAACCUUGAGCUUAGUUUUGUGUGAUUGUACUUUCUUUAUUUAGUAGAAUAGUUAUUGAAUUUCAAAGACAAAUAAUCCGCUCCGUCGGUGGCUGAUAUUGUAAAGCUAAGUUAUGUGAACGCCUUCGUAUGUGAUUGCCGGUAAUUGUUUAUACGCGUGGUGUUUAGAUGUUUGUUUUAAAUCGAACUGCAAAUAUUUUUUAGCACUUUUAAGCAAUAUUGCUGGUACUAGACGAACAAAUUAGAUUCGAGGAGCGUGCGUUGGUUGCUUGGUGUUAGGAACAGCGAACAGAGCUAUUUUAAUAAAUUAAUAUGACUUGUAGUUAUGACAAACAGCUAUAAAUACGUUUGAUAAUUCCAA